UUUUUUUGCAUUUCAUUCCUUUUCUCUCUCCCUAGUCCUGAAAAUUCUCUUCCUUCCUUACAUUAACAAUUUUGAGAGAGAAAUUGAGAGAGAGGAGAGAGAGGGAGUGGCCCAGCAGAUCGAAAAUCUCCUCUUUUUUCUCUACCUCGAUGACGAUCUAACCUCACCUCUCUCUCUCACUGCUGUUUCUAAAACACCCAUCUUCUUAUUUCAUCUAUAUAUUUAUUUGUAAUAAUUCUUCUUAUUGGGAUUUUUUUGCUUUUUGGGUUUUUUCUUUUGAUGUUGAGACUCUCCUACUCUCAAAUUUCCCUUUCUCAACGUGUUGUUAAUGGCUGAAUCCGUAAAGGGUUCUUGAGUUUUUCGAAUCAGAGGAUGUGGGUUUAAGCAGAUUAUUCUCGCCUCCAGAACCAUCUAAUCCCUAUAUCUGAAGCAUACUUUGGGUUUCACGGCAUGAUUCAAACCACAAGUGAGCGCAUUCUGGAAUUUGGGAAGCCAUAGAAGAAACCUGGGGCAUUUGGUUAACAUGGAUUGUUCAGAUCCAAAACUAGUACAUGUUAUUCUUGUGGGCUACAUGUGCCGUCUUAAAGUCAAGCCUAGAGGAUAGAGUUUUGAUGUUGAAAACAGGAGGCUGGUGAGAAUUUGUUUACAAGGAAUAUCCUCUGAGGUUACCAGGGAGAAGGAUGCAUUUGAUUUGGAGAGGCAUGAGCUGGAGUAAAGGAUUACCAAUGCAUUGGCGAUAGAAGAAGCAACAGUGUUAGGGAGAACAAAAAAUGAGACCCUUUUAAAGGAAUGGGAACAAAGGUGCAGUAUGAAAGUUAUUUGCCAGGUUAUCAUUCAAUGAGAGAUCUAAAUGAAGAUUCUCAUGGUUGUAGCUGGCCUUUAUAUUACAGUGAAAAAUCAUGUCAGAGUGGUCAAUACUAUAAUGGAAUUCUGCCAAGAGCUACCUCUGAUGCAUAUCUAGGUUGUGAUAGAGAUGCUGUGAAGAGGACAAUGCUCGAGCAUGAAGCCAUAUUCAAGAACCAGGUUCGUGAGCUGCAUCGGUUAUAUAUAAAACAGAGAGAGUUAAUGAAUGAUAUUAAAAGAUCAGAACAAAGACAUCCAAUACCGGUGGACAUAUCAUUCUCAUCUAGUCCUUUAGCAUCUCAAAGUACUCCUGAUGGUGCAAGGAAAUGGCAUCUCCCGAACUUUCCUCUUGCAAUUUCUUCCAGUGGACCAUCUGUACCUGGCGUUGAAGAUGUAAAAUCAUCUUUAAGUUCUUUGAAAGAAAACAAUAGAAGUGAUGGUCUCUUACCAUCCCAAAAUGGAACUAGUUCGAAAGACUGUGAGGUACUAGAAUCUAGACACUCAAAUUGUAGGAGGAAAACUUUUGAUCUUCAACUUCCAGCAGAUGAGUACAUUGAUAGUGAAGAGGGGGAGGUAUUUCACGAUGAAAAAGUACCUCCUGCUCUGGGUUGCCAUUCAAAUGGCAGCAAGAAAUUUGAGACUCAGAGUUGUGUGACAGCAAAUUUGAAUUUGAAUCCCGAAGAAAAAAGUGGUGAUCAAAGUGCUGCUUUGAGAUCCGACUCAUGUUUAUGGAACAGAUAUGGUUUGGCUGACUUAAAUGAGCCUGUUCAGGUUGAAGAGGCAAAUGGGUCCAAUUUUUUUGAUCUUCCUAGUGCUCGUGACUCCAGCAAUGGGGAGACUCAAGGUCCCAUUGUAUCAUCUGCAAAGCAAGAAAAUUUUCUGAGCUCCAGUAAUGAAGGUGGACAUGCAACGAAUAGGAAUUCGUAUAUUGAGAAUGGAAAUAGAAGAGAGGCAUUUCCUAACAUCUUUGAAGCAGGACGUAGUAAGGAAAGUGAGAAAUCUUUCACUCGUGGUCAGAUGGAAAAAUUCCAUUUAUCUUCUAAUCCUUUGCAAGUUCCACUCAACAAGUAUCAUGAACUUCCAGUUUUCUAUCUCAAUGAUAAAAGCAAGGUUCAACAAGAUUUGGACAGGCCAGUUAGUGAUUUGCAAUUAUUCAAAAGAAGUUUUGAAAUGUCCAAUGCUGGGGAUCCUGGUUAUGUUUUAGCUUCUCAGACAUCUCGUACAUAUCAAAUUGCUCCUUCUUUGGAUGUUGGCAAGUCAUGGGCUCACUCCAGUUCAUCUUGGGAAAAGUCAAAUGGCUCCCAGAAGACAACAUCGGGUCAUACACAGCCGUGCUUCAAUUCGUCUGCUGCCGUUCACAAGAGUUUUCCUUCAUCAACUCUGAACAAUGGAAUUUUUGGAGAUAGAUGGCAUUUGAGUAGUGACUCUAGAUCAAACCCUGGGUCUGGUUGCGAAAAUCCCAACCAGAAUGGAUUCUAUAUCGGGUCUACGUCUGGUUCCAACGGUGUUCUCUCCUCUACUAUAAGGCAUGAUCCUGGGGCAAACUAUUACAAGGGCUCUGGUUGUGUCAGCACGAAUUCUCCAAAAGAUAUUAACUUGAAUGUAGUGCUUCAGAAAAGUUUAUCAAAUGAGUCAGGUCAACAACCAAACUACCGGACUAGAGAGUCAGAACAAAACAAUGAGGACCAUCAUAAUGUAUUACCAUGGUCAAGGGCUGUGCCUGCUGCUAGUAAGAAUGAAACAAUCAAUUCAAGAAGAUUCUCUGUGACUGGAGAGCUUAAUUUUGCGCUCUCUCCGACAAAACAAUUUUCUGAUAGAAAUGAAACUGAAAAUGGCAGUAAAGUUGUAUGUUAUCCGAACAUUGAGUCUAAUUCACAUUGUAGUAACAAUGAGCCCAGAAUGUCGGAACAGGGUGAAUGCCAGAGUAACCGAAAACUUCUUGGGUUUCCCAUUUUUGAAGGGCCACGCAUUUCUAAGAAUGAGUCGUUUUCUCUUACAUCCCCAUCAGCAUCUCUUCCUAAUCCAUCUGAGAAUGGAAUGGAAGAUAACCGGAAAACUAGAGUACUUGAUAUCAAUUUGCCUUGUGAUCCUUCAGUUUUUGAGUCGGACAACGCUACGAACGGAGCUCUGACUGUAGAGAAUGGAAAGGACACAAAGAUCUCUACUGUGAGAGUUGAUAUUGAUUUGAACUCAUGUGUCAGUGAUGAAGAACCAUCUAUGAGACCCCUACCUUUGCCUUCUUCAAGUGGCAAGGAAAGGGUCAUGGUAGAGAUAGAUUUAGAAGCCCCGGCAAUGCCCGAGACUGAGGACAACAUAAUUGUAGAAGAAGAAUCUUUAGUAAAACAGCAUGAACAGCAACCACAAUCCCUUCAGCACAAGGCUGUUGAUAUUCAGGAUGAUCUUAUGUCUUUAGCAGCAGAGGCAAUACUUGCCAUCUCUUCUUGUGGUCAUUCCUGUCUUUUGGAUGAUAGUGUUGUUAGCAAUGGCUUGGAAGAUUCUUCGAGCGACCCCCUAAAUUGGUUUGCCGAGAUAGUUUCCACACAUGGAGAUGAUGUACAAACCAAGUCUGACACUGUAUUGAGAUCCAAAGAAGGCAAGGAUACUGAGGAAUCCUCUUUGAGAGGGGUUGAUUACUUCGAAUACAUGACUUUGAGGCAGGCGGAGGUUGAUGAAGAACACUACAUGCCUAAGCCUCUGGUUCCAGAAAAUAUGGAAAUUGAAGAUACUGGAACCAAUUUGUUGCAAAAUCGGCCCCGAAAGGGCCAGACGAGGAGAGGUCGGCAGAGAAGGGACUUCCAAAAGGACAUCCUUCCAGGCCUGUCUUCUCUAUCAAGGCAUGAGGUUACGGAAGAUCUUCAGACAUUUGGUGGCCUAAUGCGAGCAACAGGCCACUCUUGGCAUUCCGGAGUUACGAGGAGGAACUCUACUAGAAACGGUUGUGGUAGGGGAAGACGAAGAUCAGUAACGAGUCCCCCGCCCCCUGUGCAAUCGGCUUGUAAUCAGCUGAUACAGCAACUAAGUAACAUUGAAAUGGGUCUAGAAGAUGGAAGCCUGACUGGUUGGGGCAAGACAACUAGAAGGCCCCGUCGGCAGAGAUGCCCGGCCGGUAACCCUCCGGCUGUUCCUUUAACUUAAUCAACGGUAGGAGGCUUUGAUUUAUUAAUUGAGCAUAUGAUGUUAUAGAGGAAAGCUGGGAAGAGUUUAUUUAUAUGGCUCUAGGUUAAGAGAUUUAAGAUCCAUGGAGCAUAGUCCCCCUCCCAACCCUUGCUCUUUGUACAUUUGAUAGCUGAAGAUUUGGGUUCUCAUCUUUCUUUGGGUGUCUGCCAAUUCUGUAUUAUUCAUAAAUAAUGUUGCAUGAUUUGUUCCCUGGAUAUACCACCAGAGUUCCUAAACCUGUGAGCUUAAUUGACACUUUGCUUUUGGGUUUUGAGAUGGAUUCUGUUAUCAUCA